UCAAAAAUGGAGCAAAAAUCAGUUCAAACAAGAACAGGGGGUCAAACAGACAACAAAAGAACAAUGGAAAUCGGAAAGAGGCAAGGGAGUCAGGAAGGGAGCUCAAAGAGGAGGAAGGCAGUAGAUGAGCAUGGGAAAGAGGAGAUGGUAAGUCUCCCAGCAGACAAAGAAGGAGAGAAGGGGACAACAGACUCCGGCGGUACAGGGUCUGAGAAGACAAUUGAGAGCGACAAAAGGGAAGGGGACAGCACAGGAUCUGACAGUGAGGGGGAUUCUCACAGAUCUCUGCAGUGGCUCAAGGACUACAUAGAAAAGGUGAAGAGGGAGAGGGAACACGCCUUUGACAUUCGGGCAGCCUGUCUCAAGCAUGCAGAAAGACAUCAGAAGAAUGGUAAGAAGGGGACAGGCGAAGUGGGGAAAUUAAGCAACCAAUUUGAUGUUCUCAGAAAAGUGAAGGCGGAAGAAUUAUCGGAAUACACAGCCUUCAGAUACGCGGAAAAGAAGAGGGCAAGGGAACAGGGAGUGAAAGACAGAGAUAGAACAGCCCCAGAGUCGAAGGAUGAUUUCCAAGACUUGCGCCCAAAGAAGUGGAGAUCAGGGCAAAAUCAGAAGAAGACGAACCCGAACAUGACCCAGACGGAUUCUGAGGAAGAAUCAGUGCGCACACAGCUGGAAAAGGAAGCGACAGUAGUAAUUGCACAAACAGAGAAGCUGAACAGAAUGAAUGAGGAAUACUCACCAGAAUUCACCACGAUCACUCACAUUGUCAGGGAUCAAGCCCCACUGGUAGUAGAGACAGCCAAAUCAUCAAGACUGACACUGAUGAACAUCCGCCCCCUGAUUGCUGSAAGGUAUGUAGAAAAACUGGAGGAAUGGCAAAUUGCAACAGAUGUGUCCUUUCAGAUACCAUGCUUUGAGGAAGGACAAAAUGUGGCUACUGCACUCUGUGAAAAGAUAUCCGCGGAGUAUCCAUUGGGGGUCUAUGACUCCAUGCCAAGCAAUCUAGAGCAUGAGGAUGCGCUUCCCCAACAAGAACAUGAGGGAUCCACCUCACAGCACUCAGAACAUGAUAGACACUCGCCUCAGGCAUUCUCACCAAUGAUCGUCAAGCUGUCAAACAAAGCAAAUCUUUGCUCAGGGAUGAGAUGGAGGCCUUGGAGAACGAUCAAAGUUGUACCUUAUAGUGUCUUGGCGGGUUCGAGCCUGCCGGCUGAACUGGCAGCAGUCUCACUGGCCCAGUUGGUUGCCACAGGAAUGCUGGAGGGAGAUGGGGACCUAGAUGCGAGGGCAUAUCCAGUGGACUGGGAGAGGUUUUAUAGGAGUGAAUCCGAGGGGGAGGACAAGGAAUGCCACUCUGAUGACGAGAAGGAGGAGGAAGACCAGGACGACGCGAUGGACUCAGACAAUGAGGACAGUGAUGAGUUGUUUGAGAUCUCCAGACAGGAGAAGGAUAAGGCAGAUAGUGUAGGUAUCAUUAUCUCCCUCCGUUGGCUAUGGCACUUCUGCUCUUCAUUGUUGGAGGAUGGCCGUAUGUUGGCUGGGGUUUUGUUGUCAGCACCGUACUCUGCUGGCAUGCCACAUAUGCAAUCAACUCUGUUGCACAUCUUGUAGGCAGCCGGAAGUUCAAGUGUGAGUUCAACACCCAUUGUGAUGCCCGCAAUAA